GCACGCGCGCCCCUGACGCUCAUACGCGCGUAUGCGUGCAUGAGAAAGUAUGGGUAUACCCCGAAGUUAUGAAAGGCUUUAGGACCAGAAUGGCGUCCAUCUGGGCCUUUUUCUUUAGAUGUGUAUUCGCAUAAUUAGGGACGCUGUGAGGUGAUGCAUCCUGGAAGCAAGCAUCUCUGUAAAAGUGACUCACUCUAAGGUACUACAUCUUUAAUAGUUCAUGUUAGUAAUUUGUUAUGUGAGUGUUGUGCGGUCAGGGCAUCCUGACAUAUGUCACAAAUGUCCCAUGACCAAUUCUGGCUCUCUGAAUUGUUAUGCACUCCACACCUUGUCAUCACCCCUGCCUCAUGAUAAACAUCUAUUAACAUGUACAUUCAUCAGUAUAGAGAGGUGAACAUUGUCUAAAUGUCAGACAUGAUGAGUUGAAGAUGACCCUGCAGACUACUGAUUCUGUAAAAAAACACUGUCUGAUAGAGUUUCCCUCUAUCACCUGGGUGGGGGGAUGUAGGAGAUUUUGAACCCUGGAUGCUCGAGACUGAAAUUGAAAUCCAUUUAAAUUGUUGUUCCCCUCUCAUUCUUUUCAAAAAUACUUAGGCAAUAGGAAAUCUACACACUCAGUCUGCAUGGUCUGCACUUAAGUUGAACUUAAUUUGAAGCAAAGCAGAAGUGAAGAAACUGGUGAGACUAAAACCAGUGAUAUCCUUCUCCAAGCUUGAUCCCUUAGUAGUUGACGGUUUUGGUCAUUUUUAAUACAUUUGAUUUUACCUUUACAUACCACAUUGAAAAUGUUAAAACCAUGCCAAUCCCUGGUACUGUUUUUCUUUUCAGCACAACAUUGCCUAUCUGAGUGAACAAUUUCUUAUUAAUCAUACCUUUUUAUGUUUUUACACUGUGAAGGUUUGAACCUGUCAUGAUCUGAUCCUCAUCUAACCCUCUUGAAUUUUAAAACCUAUACAAAGCUUCACACUUUGACAAAAAAAGGUUUUGGCCAAUAGAGUUUACGAUGUCCAAAGAAUCAGACUUCCAACCUCUCAGAUUAAACAAUCUCAGAGGAAAAUAUUCCCUGCCGCUCACUGACCUCAGAGAAAACUAUGUGAAAGCUGAGAGUAGACUGUCAUAUUAGUAUCUGUGCUGUUUGCUUUAUGUGUCGUGUUGAUCCUCAUAACAGAACCAGAGCCAAUGAAACAGAUGACAAUGUCUGCAAUAUAGCGAUGCCAAAAAAGGGGCCUGUACUUACAUUAGACUUGCAAAUGUGCCCUCAGUGUCCUCUUGCUUUGCCUUCACUUGCUUUUCCUGUCAAGUUCAGAUUUAAAUUUUACAUUAAGUUAUUUUAGAAUGGAGUACUGAUUGUAUUGUUGACUUCAGAUGUUUGUCUGGUGAAAGGUCAUCUUUGGCAAACUAAAGUACAUAUUAAGCUAAAUAUAAAAGGCGUGUAUAUAAGUUCUGAUGUGUGUGAUGUGCAAAAAUACUGAAAUUCACUCUAAUUAUAUUGAAGAACUUUAUCUACAUUAUUGUGCAUAUAUUUACAUUUUAUUUUAUGGCUUUUUUAUAUCUGUAUAUUCCCCUUGUAAAUCUUUAUAACAGGUACGAUUUGAUAUGAGGAUGACACUUUCAAAAUGUCAUUGCGCUAGCUUGCACAGUGACAAUAUAGUUAUUGAAUUUUGAAUCUUAAAGACUUUCUACUUAAUUAAAAUGUUUUUCUACAUAGAUUAACUUUAUUUUGAUCUAAUAGUACAUAUUCAGGGGUUAAUGUGAAGCACAGAAUGUUUUAGCUCACUAGAGCCAAAUUAACUGUGAUGUACAUGUGGCUCAGAGCAGCUGAGCAGAGUGUUUUCUCUUCAAAACACCAUUCAUGUGACCACUGGAUUUUGGGCGUAGGUGAUGUCACUGCAAUGCAAUCCAUCCAGAUUAUCUUUUAAAACUACAGCAGGGACGCUGGCAGGGUGAGUUACUGCCUGUUCCAGCUACAGCAUAAACUGCCGUUCAAGGUCAGCGUGGCUUUAAGUGAAGUGAAAAGGCUGAGCUGCAGAGUUUUAAUCUUCCUAUUCAAGAGGAAUUCUGACAUGCACAAUCAUCACCCGGUGAAUAUGUAUAUGGAGAGAAUGGACUGGUUUGUUCCAUUCGUUCCCCCUCUGUUUCUAUUCCUGGGAGCAGGAACAAUCUAGCAUGUUGUUAUUAAGCCUUGUAGUGGAAUUUCCCCACAGCCGCAGGACCCGCUCACUCCGGAGAUAUCAUGUGCAAAAGUCGACAGUUGACAGCGAGUAGGCCGUCUUAAUUAUAACUCAAGUCCACGGAAAGUUUACUUAAAACCUUGCAGGGUCUUCCAAAAGUCAGAAAACACAGAAUAACAUUGUAUGUUUGGAUUUGCUUUGCUCAGUGACUCAGUGAUAACUUCUCUCCAACUGAGAUUUCUACAUAUUAAAACAAGCACUUACAGUUGGCCAAUCUCCUGUUGUUACACAAAAUCUCUCGCCCUGUUUAAGAUAAAGGAAAUCGUAUCUCUCCUUUUUUUUAUUCAUGGUUAUUAUCUUUAUGGGUUCAACUGCCCAGUAAGAUGAUAAAUAAUCAAUAUGAUAGGCUGGUUAACACAUUAAAUACCUCUGGACGUGUACUCUGAAAAAGAUUGUAGGAGGUCAGCAGCACCUUCCACAGGUGUGGAGGCUGAGUCACACAUCUGUGUCACAGUGGAUAAACUCCAUCAAUGUUGUUGCAGUUCCCAGGGGUCAUAGGGCAGUUAAAGGUCGCGGCUCGCACAGGACCAUAUUUAUAACCAAGCUGUUGGUGCUAAUAAAAUCCCCAGAUGGAUUUGCAAAACAAGAUUUGGUUACAGGAAAAUAUGUGUGCUCAAUUGUGCAAAUGAAGGAAUUAAUGGAAAUGUUAAUGCAUCUCAUGAAUGCAAAUGUAAUUUUGUGCACCCUCUGACAAUACUGCCUCAUUCUCUUCCCUCUCUGUCUGGACUCAGCUGUUUCCCCCUCUGACUCCCAUUGUAAUGACAUUUUGUCUCCUCCAUCAGAGUCACUCCCUAUUUUAUCGCAGGCUGAAAACUCAUCUCAUAAAGAAGGAUGACAUGUCACCCACUCAGCUUCUCCUCUCCCUCUAUAUGCACUUAUAUGGAGUGAAACAAAAAUCCCCCCUGAGCUUUUUAUUUCUUAAGUGGCACGUCUAUCUUUCAGAAAUAUUGAGUCACAUACUGUUCUGACAGUGACUCUUCUCUCUGCCUCACACCGGUCCUGUGGUUGUUUUGUAGGUUUUGGUGACCUAGGAAUCGAUGUACUUUCUCAUGUGGUCGUCAUUGUCAGUAAAUGAGGGGAUGAAAUGUCAAGUUUUAAGUUUUAACAGUGAUUCACCUUCACGCCUCGCUCUGUCAUUAUUAUUAAAGUGUGACAAUCUUAGGUUAGAGAGCGCAGCUUUUAAAUCACCAUUGGGAAUUUAGUGAGAUAUAUUAUGCCUGUAAUAUCUGUUCAUUCACGAGUCAUUUAUGCAUGAAACAGUAAAUGUUCUGUGUUUUAUAUAGCACUUCUCUAGUUUUAAUGACCAUUCAACGUGCUUUACAGUAAAUUUAGCUAUUUAUCCAUUCACAGUGAAUCUAUGUGCAGCACCCACUCCAUUACUCAGCCCUCACACACUGUCAGCACAGUCGUCAGGGGCAAUUUUGCGGCACUGUGUCUUGCCCAAGGACACUUCAGCAGGAGAAAUGGUUAGUGGAAAACCUGCUCUAUCUCAGCACAUUAGGUCAAGGAUUUGAACACGGAAUCAAUUACAGACUGCUUGAUGCGGUGAUACAGUUAGAUUGAACAAAAACUGAAAUUUGUUUCAUUGCAAAUGUAUCCAGAAUCUUGAAUGCAUCACUUGAGCAAUAUGAAAUGAAGUGAACGAUUUUUUUUCACUGUGUAGAAGGCACAAGCUCAGAGAAGACAGAUGGAAAAAAAGGAACGAAAAGCUGAAUUAGCAGCAGUAAGGCAUACUGUAUUGAAUAGAGCUUCCUUUCAUUGCAGAAGUCUAAGACACUAGACACAGGACUAUUGUUUGUUUGUUUAGCUUUAUCUCAAUCAGGUCAGUAUAAACAUUUUAAUAAAUAAAUGAGAAAAUACAGAACAAAAAAAUGUAAUUACAAUCAUCACUCUUUACAUGUCCACAGGGAUUAAAAACAUAGACCUUUUGUUUCCAAUCAACAAGAUGACUACCUUUGUCUCACUAAAGGUCCCUGUGAUCACAUGUUUUAAUCAAAUUAACCUAUGCAUAAAAUUCCUCAGCAGAGUAUAAAAGAUUGAUGGCCACAUUCAUGUGACUUGCACUUAUCCAUCUCGGAAGCUGUAGCUAAUUUCUGAAUGCACCGUUAUAUCCCACCUGCAUGAAGACCUUUUCAGUUUUGCAGGACUACAGCUGCACCACAGAUGGGCUGUGAAAAGUGGAGUACAGCAGGCUCUAAAAAGUGCUCUUUAAACAUCAUCUGUACACAGAGAAUUCAGGUGCCAACAUGCUGGCUUGUGCAUACAGUUUACAGCACUCACUAUCAUCACCACAUAAAUCGUUCCUAGUGAUGUGACCCAGAUAUCUUACUUUGUUGACUACAUUUAGGAACUGCAUGGUCUCUAGCACAAGAAUGACAAGCAGAAUAAUUCUCUCAGACUUUAAGAUAAACAGAGAAAGAUAGAGAGUGAUUGCAUUAAUACCAUCUUAUAAUCAUUGACAGAGCAGCUGACUUGCACACACGAGAGUCUUGGUGUAUUCAUUUCCCAUUCAUCACUAUUUGUACAUAUUGUCUGUUGCUUAUUUUUUGCACAAUUCUUAAUCUAUCAUUCUUUGUAUGUGUUAUUUAUUGUUAAGUUGUUUGUAAUAUCCUUAACUCAAUAUACGCUGUAUGAUCUUUUACUAGAGCAAUGCUCAACAGACUCAAAUUCCCUGUAUGUGCACAAACAUAAAGCUCAUAAUGCAUCCUUUGUCAAUGCUGUACUUUUCUAUUCUUCCUGUGGGGGUCAGUAAAGCGGCGCAGGUGCCAUAAAGCACGCGUAGAAGAAGGCUGCGCGGGGAGGAGCCGGGUGUUUGAAAGUGGCGGGCAGUAACAACACUCAUCUCACAGACGACGUCGGCCUCAACAACACAGGCCAAGAACAACGUUUACAACAAGUCAACACUCAGAGGAAACGUUUCACAGAGGCGCGCGGAUAUCCAUGUCCUCUUCUGUCGACCACAGCCUCCGGGUGCAAGUUCGGUGACACACGUUUCGUGCUGUUGGAGGAGACGUGGAAAGGAUAUUUACUGGAAUCUCUCAUCAUGACAAAUGAGGAGGGGAAGGUGAUCCCAGUGCGGGUUGCUUUGCGAUGCCGUCCGUUGGUACCGAAAGAAAUCAAUGAAGGAUGUCAGUGCUGUCUCACUUAUGUGCCUGACGAGCCCCAGAUAAUUGUCGGCACAGAGAAGGCGUUCACCUAUGAUUAUGUGUUCGAUCCCAAUGCUGAGCAAGAAGAAGUCUACAGUACGGCUGUGUCCCCCUUAUUGUCUGGGCUUUUCAAAGGCUACCAUGCCACGGUUCUUGCUUACGGACAAACGGGAUCAGGAAAGACCUUCUCCAUGGGAGGAACAUACACAUCAGCUCAGGAGAAUGAUUCUUCAGUUGGAGUUAUCCCAAGAGUUAUCCAGAGAAUAUUUCAGGAAAGUGAGAAACGGAAAGACAGUGAUUUCUCUCUGGCAGUAUCUUACCUGGAGAUCUAUAAUGAAGAUAUAUUGGACUUGCUAUCUUCAUCUAAAGAUAAACCUUCCAUCAGCAUUCGGGAAGAUCCCAAAGAUGGCAUUAAGAUUGUGGGCUUAACUGAGAGGAAGGUGUUCACUGCCCAGGAGAUGGUGGGCUGUCUAGAGGUGGGAAACUCUGCUCGCACUGUCGGCUCAACAGCUAUGAAUGCUGCUUCUUCACGCUCACAUGCCAUCUUCACCAUCACACUGGAGCAGCGCAGAGGGACAGACAAAGUCGACUCAAUGGUUUCAAAGUUGCACCUUGUGGAUUUAGCUGGUUCAGAGCGACAAAAGAAAACCAAAGCAGAGGGCGAUCGUUUAAAAGAAGGCAUCAGCAUCAAUCGCGGCCUUUUGUCUUUGGGUAAUGUCAUCAGUGCGUUGGGAGAUGAAAGCAAGAAAAACUCCUUUGUUCCUUACAGAGACUCCAAACUCACCCGCCUGCUACAAAACUCUCUAGGAGGCAAUAGCCACACUUUGAUGAUUGCAUGCAUCAGUCCCGCAGACUCAAACAUGGAGGAGACCAUCAACACCCUGCGAUACGCGGACAGAGCUCGCAAAAUUAAAAACAAACCAAUUGUCAAUGUUGACCCCAGAUCUGCAGAAAUGGGCCGUUUGAAACAACAGGUUCAGGAGCUGCAGGUGAUGCUCCUGCAUGCCCGUGGAGGGGUAGCUCCGGUGCUCUCUGGGUCAGAUUCAUCGGAGAAUGUUACCAAGCUGGUGGAAAGGAACCGCGCUCUGCAGGGCGAGAACAUGAAGCUGAGCAGAGAACUGAGUGAGGCAGCUGGACAGACCGCCUUCAUGUUUGAAAAGAUCAUUAUGACGGAACACGCAAAUGAGGUACUGCAAAGCAAACUGGAACAACUGCGGCACCAUGCAGCAUGUACAGUGGAUCUUGAGAAAUUGUUGGAGACGCUGGAUGACCAGGAAUUGAAGGAAAAUGUUGAGGUGAUGAGGAAUCUGCAAGAAGUCAUCUUAGAGCUCAAGAAUGAGAGCGCAGGCAUCACUGCCUCCAUCGAAGCUAUGGCUGCAGGAGAGGACGUACCUGAGAUGUCUGCGAAUGGAAGUAAUAAUGCUGCAGAAGACAACCAAUCAGAUGCCGCCGGUGGUAAGGACUCCCCGGAGGCCUUUGCAACCCAUCAUGCAUUGCGGCAGGCCCAGCUCUCCAAGGAACUGAUCGAGCUGAACAAAGUGUUGAGUUUGAAGGAAGCUUUUGUGAAGAAAAUGUGCCAGAAUGACAGCCAGCUUGAGCCGAUGCAGUCAGAGCACCAGAAAAACGUGAUGUCUCUACAGUCGUCAGUGGAAUCUCUGCAGAAGGAGAAAGAGGAUCUUGUGUUGGCUCUUCAGUCUGCAAAGAAAGACACUAACCAGGCCAAGCUUAGUGAGCAGCGGAGGAAGAGGCUGCAGGAGCUCGAGGGUCAGCUCACAGACAUGAAGAAGAAGCUUCUUGAUCAGUCUAAAAUGAUAAAAAUCAAAGAAUCCUCAGUUCAGAAAGUUGGCAAACUCAUGCACGAGAUACAGUCCAUGAAGACGCAGCGUACGCAGCUGAUGAGACAGAUGAGGGAGGACUCUGACAAAUUCAGACAAUGGAAGAGCAAGAAGGACAGAGAGGUGCUGCAGCUGAAGGAGAAGGAUCGUAAGCGCCAGUACGAGAUGCUGAAACUCGAGCGGGAUUUCCAGAAACAGGCCAAUAUUCUGCGUCGUAAAACUGAAGAGGCUGCAGCUGCAAACAAACGGCUGAAAGAUGCUCUACAGAAGAGAAGUGAGGUGGUAGACAAACGGAAAGAUGCUCAGAACAGAGGAAUAGAGGGAGCUGCUGCAAGAGUUAAGACUUGGCUUCUCAAUGAAGUGGAGGUGAUGGUCAGUACAGAAGAGGCCCGGCGCCACCUCACUGACCUGCUGGACGACAGAAAAGUGUUGGCUCAGGAGAUCAACCAUCUAAAACAGCAGCUCGAUGCCGGGGAGAGACCUGCUACCAAAAUAAGGCGCCGGACCCUGAUCAUCUCUGAGCUGGAGAGCCACGGGGCGCUGGAAACGCCUCUGACCAAACAGGUGGAGAACCUGCAGACAGAAAUGGCUCUCAGGAACGCCCAGAUCGCUGACCUCCAGCAGAAACUUCUUCUCGCAGACAGCGAGGGGCGUUUGAAACAGCGGAUCGACGCCAUCACAAGCAUCGUGGAAGCCAAGUGUGCCCUUAAAGUCUUGAUGUCUGAGCUGGUGUCUGCUAAAACAGCCAGUUCCAAGCUGGAGAGUGAAGUCAAACAGGAAAAAGGAAACUCACAAGAUAUAAGGAAGAUGCUCGCUGAUGAGAGAAAUGUGAUGUCAACCAUGGACAUGGAGCAUCAGCAGCAGUUGGUUGAACUGGAGCAGGAACAUCAAGAGAAGGUGCUUUACCUUCUUAACCAGCUACAGAGCAAACCCAUAUGUAGUGAGUUGGACACAACAAAGCCGACAGAUGAGGAGAGUUCAAAGGAGAAGGAGCUUCUCGAGCGCCUCAAAGUUCAGGAAGAAGAGCUUGAAAAGCUGCAGGAAUUAAGCGAGCAGAACCAGAAACUGCUGGAGCAGAACGAGCAAUACAGACAGAAACUCUCAUUGCUUCACCUGGCAAGUGGGAAAAAGAUCCUUGUGCCUACGAUAAACAACGAAAAGAGCCCAGAUGACUCGUUUGAGUACGUUCCUCCAAAGCCUAAAGUGAAGCGCUUCACCACAGCAAAAGCACCGCUGAACAUGGCCAUCAGCGUUGAAGAGCUGAUGUCUGAGAAUGAGAGCGAGAAGGAGGAGGAGGAGGAGGAGUGGCGCCCUGAGAAACCCGAGAAGGGACGCAGGGCCUCAAAAAAACCGAAGGCUACUGGGUGUGCGUGUAAAGGUCGCUGCAGUAACAAACAGUGCAGAUGUCGCAAAGGAAAGAUGACGUGUGGGGAAAACUGCCAGUGUGAUCAUGAGAAAUGCCGAAAUAUGGACAACCAGGGGCCUUCUGAGGAUGCUGGGCCGACAGAAAAUGCUUCCAGGGACUCUGAAUCUCUUCAAGAACCGACAACUGCCAGCCCUGAUAACACCACCUUCUUCAAGCCGCCAUCUUGUACUCCCACAAAGAAGGUGCUAAAAGAGAUUGUUAGCAUGGGGCAUACCGCUUCAGACCUGAAGCUGCUCAGGAAACCCAUCUUGCCAGAGGAAGAGGAGGAGGAAGAGGAGGAGGAUGCAGGGGAGGACAGAACAACAGUCAGUUUCCUCAAGAAGAAGAAAAGACUCCUGACGAGUUUUCAGAACAGUUUUUUCUCUGGAUGCACGCCAAUCAGAGAGGAGUCUUAAUUGGGACGGUGCCGCGGGGCUUUCGACGUUAGGUGUCCGUAUGUAUGUGUUCGGUUUAAUGUCUUUUUUAUGUGUUGUCGUAACUUGAAAGUAGCUGUUAACUGUAAAACACUUUGUUAACAUGAGGACUGUGAAUAGCUUUGAUUAGUUUAUUGAAAUACACAAUGAGAUGAUAAAGAAGCCUGUAUGAAACUUUUAGUUGAAUGUAUUACAUCAUAUUUCACCCAUAGUGUAGAAAUGAAUCUACUUUUCUAAUGCAUUAAUUCAAUAGAUCUUUAAUCUACAGUCACAUUUUUAAUGAGCACCAUUCCACACAAUGUAGCUCAACAUCCUGGAGAGCAACUUGUUUUUAACUGUUCGUGUAGUAUCGGAGCGGAAUAAAGAUUUACAGUUAAAUCUUGUUUUUAAAAAACAUUGUUUUUCAUUUUGUCUCCAAGUGUACCAAUGUUUAUUAUCGUAGCAUCGUAAACUGAUGGAAAAUAGUUUCAUUAAUGAUUAAUGUUUUUACUUUUGAUAUUGCUGAGUUUAACUGAGCAGUUUGAGCUCUGAGUAUUUCAAAUGUAGCACACGUUUCUUUCAAAUCCCCCAAACGUUCAUAAAAGCAAAAUAAACAGCCAUUGAUGAA